UUGUUUAACCCGAAUACUUAUAAAUCCGACCAAUAGACGACUAAACACAUAUAUCAAGCAAUUCAAAGUAACGAAUUUGUGGGCGUUAAUGCGCACUACGAGCAGAUGGUCACUCAUGUGAUCAUUUAGUGAUUGUUGUUUUCGCUCUCUAACCGUAUUUUUCACGUACUUCGAUGGGAACUCCAUUUUUCCGAAUCAACUCCUGUUCGACUACAUGGCAACACAUUCAAAUGCCCUGAAACAGCAUCUCUCUAUGUGGAGCGUCUACGUCACGCGCUCUGACCCUCUUGCCCAUGGAAGCGCGCGAGACCCAGCCGGAGCCGCCCGUUCAUCGCGUGAAAACACCUCUGGAAAGAAUGUCAUCCUGUGAUUCUUUUACAAAUGGAUUUAUCGGUGUCCGCGAAUAAUUUGCAUUUCGGCGGUUUUGCGGGGGAAUGCCUACUCCAAGGCAAAGCCCUGUGGAGGAAAGGGAGGUGCUGAGUGGUGAGGGAAGAUCCAAUAACAACAACAUGGCGACUGAUGCCACCACCACCAACCUGCUGGCCUCUGUUAAAGAGCAGGAGCUCCAGUUCGAACGGCUUACCAGAGAACUCGAAGAAGAGAGACAGAUUGUGGCCAAUCAGCUGGAGCGAUGCAGGUUGGGGGCGGAGUCUCCAGGUGCUGCGAGUGACAGCUCCUCUGAGAAGUCUCUUCUGUGGAGAUCUGCAGAAUCCUCAGGUGCAGGUGUGUCUAAGCCGUCGGAUGGUUGCCCCUCGCCCACAUUUGGGGUCAGAGGUCAGGGGCCACUUUACUCCCCUGAAUUGGAACAGAUCUCCCUGCGUGAAAGUGAGGGGUCUGCGGCAAACUCACGCAGCUCGACUCAAAUGAAUUCGUAUUCGGAUAGUGGAUAUCAAGAGGUGAGUGGUUACUAUAGUAACACGGUGACGCCCAGACGAUCAGAAGGGAGGUCUCAGUCGACAAGCUCCGCCCCCAGUGGAAGCCCCACCUUUGCCAUGAGCUCUAGAGCUGAAGGACAGGCCUCAGCACAGGUGGGCAGCAGUGGGCGUGUCAUGAGGCGAGUCAGCUCUGUCCCCUCUCGAGCGCCAUCCCCACUCUACACCCCGUCCCCGCCUGCGUCUCGCCAGCCUCUGCGUACAUCUCUUGGAAGCCCCUAUGGCUCGCCUAUAGUCUCAGAGCCCCGUCCUCUACCAAGCAUAUUUCCUGGCACCACCUUGCCUCCUUCUUCCAGCCACGCCCCUGAACCAGUACACUCCAGCUACUUGGGACGGCAUGGAAAUGGGACGGGGUCGGAGUCUGGGUCGCCGACGCUUCUGCGGGCCGGUAUGACCGCUCAGCCUCAGCAGUACGGAACCCUGGGGAAGCAUGAUACGCGUGCAUAUGACACAACUCACUCUUCUUUUGGGUCUCGGGCCUAUGACAUCUUUGAGAGGAUGGUUCUUUCAAGACCGGAUAGCCUCACAGGCUUGCAAACCUCUUACAGUCAGAACAGCCAGCUAGGCCAAGAAGCCCGCUCCCCUGACUGUCACGUCACACCAAUCUAUGAGGACAGAACCUUCCAGAACCCUCUGUACCAGAGCCCCACGCACGGCUCCCAAAGCGCUAUCUCCAGAAACAAUACAGGGUUUGGUACUUUACAAAGGACCACUAGUCAGUGUAGCACUCUGAGGUACCAGCGAGGGCUAUUCUCAAUGGGCUCCAUGGCAACGCACUCUGACACCUAUCGCCCCGCCCAUUACCGCCAAGCCGACUCGAACUACAACAGACACGCAGCUGCCGUUGACAACGCUGUCACGCGCUCGCCUUCCAUAGACAGUGCUCACAAAGAUCCAAGGGAGUUUGCCUGGAGAGACCCUGAGCUGCCAGAGGUGAUCCGGAUGCUGCAGCAUCAUUUCCCUUCUGUCCAGGCCAAUGCUGCAGCGUACAUACAGCACCUCUGCUAUGGAGAUAACCGCAUAAAGGCAGAGGUGUGUCGACUGGGGGGAAUCCGGCACCUGGUGGAUCUGCUUGACCACAAAACCUUGGAAGUUCAGCGGAAUGCCUGCGGAGCUCUGCGGAACCUAGUGUAUGGAAAAGCCACCGAUGAUAAUAAAGUGUGUGUGAGGAAUGCCGGUGGAAUCCCAGCUUUGGUUCGUCUGUUGAGAAAAACUCCAGACACUGAAGUGCGAGAGCUCGUAACCGGUGUGUUGUGGAACCUGUCGUCAUGUGAUUCUGUAAAGAUGACGAUCGCUCGGGACGCUCUCGGGCCACUUACCAACACAGUAAUUAUCCCUCACUCCGGGUGGGGUGCGGCCCCUCAGCGAGAGGACCAGAAACUCAAACUGCACUCAUCUUUGGUACUGAGGAACACUACCGGAUGCCUCAGGAACCUGAGCUCAGCUGGAGAAGAGGCCAGAAGGCAGAUGCGUUGCUGUGAAGGGCUGAUUGAUUCCCUUCUCUAUAUAAUCAAAACCUGUGUAAACACUUCCGAUUAUGACAGCAAGAUUGUGGAAAACUGUGUGUGCACUUUGAGGAACCUGUCAUACCGUCUUGAGUUGGAGAUGCCUCCGUCUCGGCUGAUGGGAGCCCAGGACCUGGACACGCUCCUGGGCCCGGACACCUCCAGUAAGCAGGCCGACUAUAGCUGCUGGGGUCUGAGAAAGAAGAAGAAGAAGAGGUCAUGGCAGGAUCAGCAGUGGGAUGGUGUGGGGCCUAUUCCAGGAUUUUCUGGAAGUCCAAAGGGGGCAGAGAUGCUGUGGCAUCCAUCUGUGGUGAAGCCGUACCUCACUCUGCUGGCAGAGAGCUCCAACCCAGCCACGCUGGAAGGGGCGGCUGGGUCUCUGCAGAAUCUUUCCGCUGGAACCUGGAGGUUUGCGGCCUACAUCCGUGCUGCCGUACGUAAAGAGAAGGGUUUGCCCAUUCUGGUGGAGCUACUGAGAAUGGAUAAUGACAGGGUGGUCUGCUCUGUGGCCACUGCUCUACGUAACAUGGCUCUGGACGCCAGGAACAAGGAGCUCAUUGGAAAAUACGCCAUGCGGGACCUAGUGACCCGUCUCCCUGGCAAUGGGCCCUCCCUGCUGUCGGAUGAGACGGUAGCGGCGGUCUGCUGUGCCCUGCACGAGGUCACCAGCAGGAAUAUGGAGAACGCCCGUGCACUCGCCCAGACAGGCGGCAUCGACAAACUGGUUACAAUCAGCCGAGGACGUGGGGAGAGGUACUCCAUGAAGGUGGUCAAGGCAGCAGCUCAGGUGCUAAACACUCUGUGGCAGUACAGAGAUCUGCGCACCUUCUACAAAAAGGAUGGCUGGAACCAGAAUCACUUCAUCACCCCAGUGUCGACACUGGAACGAGACCGCUACCGUUCCCAACCUACUCUGCCAACCAGCAACGUACAGAUGUCACCUGUUAUCCAAUCAGGAGGCAGUGCCACCUCUUCCCCUGCCAUGUUGGGUAUAAGAGGUCAUCGUUUAAAUCAGCGAAGGACCCAGUCGUCUAUGCAACUUCAUAAUUAUUAUGGAGACGCCAACAGAAACACAAGUCAAUAUACAGGGUCUGGAAAGCAGUCAGCCUAUUUCAUCAGUUCCUAUCCCUCUCCUUCAGCGGAGGAGUCCCGCAGAUCACAGCAUGGCCGGCUCUACUACCCAGAGGACGCAAAUCAAAGCACCUAUGACACUUUUGGAAUGUACCUGUCCUCUCCGAUGGGCUACGAGGACGCCUACCUGGACGAGCCGGUUCGUUAUCCCGUGGUGAGCGAGAGGCAGGUGCUCAAACCCAAUACCAACUACGUGGACUUCUACUCCACCACACGCAGGCCUUCAUACAGAACUCAGCCCUACCCGGCCUCACCUGACUCAUGGGUGUAGGCGUGUACGUUUGUGCGUAAUUGUUCAUGUAACGUGUAGCCAUAGAUAGAAUAUUACACGGACGUGUCACUCCUUAAGACAUAUCUGGAUCAGUGGAUUCCAAGACUGUUGUAUGGACAAGCUGUUGCAUUUGAAGUGACUGGUUCAUUUUCAUUCGGCAAAUUUAAUUUGUGUUUUGUGUGUCCGGUGCAGCGACAUUCAUUUUCAUUUGUGUGUGUGUGUGUGUAGGUGUGAAUGGAAAAGUGUGUGUGUGUGUGUGUGUGUGUGUGUGUAGGUGUGAAUGGAAAAGUGUGUGUGUGUGUGUGUGUGUGUGUGUGUGUGUGUGUGUGUGUGUGUGAAUAGAUGACAGAUUAUAUGCUCCAUUAAAUUAACUUGAAUUUGACCUGGGAUUGAGUGUGAGCCAAAGAUUUACUUUUCAGUAUCUGCUGUUUUUAAACAGCAACACGUGUUUAAGGUCUGAUUUACUGAGAACUUGAACCAUCUUUUUGGGAUUUUGUUUUUCAUGUUUUUUUUAAUGGCAUGUAUUAUAGUCACCUCAGUUUUUGAGUCAAAUGAAAAGGUGUAACUAAAUUACAUAUUGGCUGAAAAGUCUAAUAAAGAAAUAAUAGCGGUGUAAAAAAAAAAAAGAUAUAAAAAAACACUAAUAAUGUUCUGUGCAUUGGAAACAAAAAAGUCAUUUUGUCUGAUCUCAUUGCUGUAGCCUACUUAAUGUAAAGAUUAAUGUAUGUUCCAUGGAGUCUUGCACAACUACGUCAGUUUAUUGUACAACCGUGAUCUGUGCUGCGAAGCACAAAAACUGUGCCAUGAUAAAUCGCUAUGUAGAACUGUGUGUAUAUGUGAGAGACCUUAUGGAGGCAAAAGUUAUUACUAUCAGAAUAUUUAGAUGUAAUAAAGAUGACAUUUGUUUUUUUUAA